UUGCGCCGUCAGCAUGCACGCCUGUGAAUAUAGGCAUGUUUUGUAUAGUAGUCUAUGUGCAUUUAUUGUAGACACGGAUUUAUAUAUAUAUCGUAUCAAACACUAUUUUAUUAUUAUAUGUCGUCUGUGCAAUGACAUGCACAUGUACAUUUGUUGUACUUUCUGGUCCUGCAUACGGUAGGCGUGUGGAAGGUCCAAACACACGGCCAGUUUGAUGGUACAGUUUUCCGGCGGGAAAUACGAUCCCCUCACUCUCCAAGAUAUCAAGACCAACGCGAACGACACCAGUACGACUAAGACCUGCUUCAGUCUUGGUGACGCCUCGGCUACUGAAAACGGGGUAUUGAGAUCUAUAAAUAGUACGGCCAAUGGAAACGUCAGAGUGCUGCGGAAGUUUGACUGCGGCCCCACAUGCGCAAAACGUCUCCUGGCAUACCACAAACUCAAACACUAUCCAUACACUCUACUCCAACGUUGCCGUCAAAAGAUGAAUUCCAUUGGCAACGGACCAGAGAGUGUUGACAAAUUGUUCGACGACAAAAUGUGGAUAAACAAUCAGAAGAGAGAAUUUCAGAGCAGUAUCGAAGCCGCGGAGGCCCUUGGACUGUCCUGAACAGAUGUAUGUUACAUCUGUGAAGAAUUACUACUUCUCAUAGGGUACUUUGGGUGCAAUGCUCACUUGAUCUGGCAGCAGGUAUUUCUAUAUGUUUCCGAGAGGACGAUUCCGAGCGAGUGGCCUGCACUGUAGAACACAUAUAGGAGUGUGAUACCAACUAGUUGGGUACGUCUCGCGGAAACUCCAGACAGGUCUGCCAACCGUGACUUGAACAUUGGCGAUACGGCUUCUUAGGUAUAGUGUACAUUGACUACUACUUGAAGGGUAGAGCCAAUAAGCAGUCAGGCACCAGCGCGGGCGGGGAGGGGGCGGGAGGUCCUGGACAGUAGGCACACGCCGACAAUAUGGCAUGAAGGGAGGCUAGCAAUAUGCAGUUACUUGUUUUCGAUUAUAUGAAGCUACUAUAGUAUGCGCUAAUUUCACCGCCCCCAUCCCUUACCGUCCCAUAGUAUGGGCUAUACGCGAAUACAGCCGUUUUCUGACUGUACAAGAGACGACUAACGAAUAGAGGAAUAUGGGCAACAGCCACCAUCAAUGUGUGAGAAGUAGGCUUGGUAGAGCACUGUUGCCGAUGUGGUUGUAUACACACUGGAGCAGGGCAAAGCGAAGUGGUUGAUGAAAAAUCUUGUAAUUGACGUAACUAGCUUCGAAGAAAUUUGGGUCAUCUCCGCAAAGCAGGAAACAGCUUUAUACGUCACUCUGAACCAUCAAGAUGAGAGGAUAUUUGACAGCAGCGCACAGCUCGAACACGAGUGCCAUUGCAGCUGUCAUAGGUGCAUACAUCAGAUCUAUUGUCAUAUCUAGAAGACCAAAUAGCGCCCAACUAAAUCUGUUAGACUUUGCAGGUACAAUUUCCUUGCAGUAUCAUUGAGAAACAGGUUUACGUCAUUUCAACCGUAUGUAUUCACUAUAGUUGAGCUGCUUGAUUCAAUGCUCAUAGUUACCAAUCCUGGCUAUGUGAAGCAUAACAGAUCGCUGUGCAAGUGUCUCAC